CCGGGGAGGGAGCGCGCGGCGGGACGGGCGGGGGCGGUGUAGCCCGGCAGCCGCCGAGGCUUCCGUCUCGCUUGCUCUCUCGCUCGCUCGCUCCUCUGUCUUGCUCGCUCGCGCAGCGGCGGCAGCAGAGGUCGCGCACAGAUGCGGGUUAGACUGGCGGGGGGAGGAGGCGGAGGAGGGAAGGAAGCUGCAUGCAUGAGACCCACAGACUCUCGCAAGCUGGAUGCCCUCUGUGGAUGAAAGAUGUAUCAUGGAAUGAACCCGAGCAAUGGAGAUGGGUUUCUAGAGCAGCAGCUGCAGCAGCAGCAGCCUCAGUCUCCCCAGAGACUCUUGGCGGUGAUCCUGUGGUUUCAACUGGCGCUGUGCUUUGGCCCUGCACAGCUCACGGGUGGGUUUGAUGACCUCAACGUGUGUGCCGACCCGGGCGUCCCAGAGAAUGGCUUCAGGACCCCUAGCGGAGGAGUUUUCUUCGAAAGCUCAGUAACCCGGUUUCACUGCCAAGACGGAUUCAGACUGAAGGGCUCUACAAAGCGACUGUGUAUGAAACAUUUUAAUGGGACCCUAGGCUGGGUCCCAAGUGACAAACCUGUCUGCAUACAAGAAGACUGCCGCAUCCCCCAAAUUGAAGAUGCUGAGAUUCAUAACAAGACAUACAGACACGGAGAUAAGUUAAUCAUCAACUGUCAUGAGGGAUUCAAGAUCCGGUACCCUGACCUGUACAACCUGGUUUCGUUAUGUCGUGACGAUGGGACGUGGGAUAACCUGCCCAUCUGUCAAGGCUGCCUGAGACCUCUAGCCUCUUCCAAUGGCUACGUGAACAUCUCCGAGUUCCAGACCUCCUUCCCUGUGGGAACUGUGAUCGCUUAUCGCUGCUUCCCUGGAUUUAAACUCGAGGGUUCCGAGAACCUCGAGUGCUUACACAACCUUAUCUGGACGUCCAGCCCACCCCGGUGCCUUGCUCUGGAAGCCCAAGUUUGUCCACUACCUCCUAUGGUAAGUCACGGAGAUUUCAUCUGCCACCCGAGGCCUUGUGAGCGCUACAACCAUGGGACUGUGGUGGAGUUCUACUGUGACCCUGGCUACAGCCUCACCAGUGACUACAAGUACAUCACCUGCCAGUAUGGAGAGUGGUUUCCUUCCUACCAAGUCUACUGCAUCAAAUCAGAACAAACGUGGCCCAGCACCCACGAGACCCUCCUGACCACGUGGAAGAUUGUGGCGUUCACAGCCACCAGUGUGCUGCUGGUGUUACUGCUCGUCAUCCUGGCCAGAAUGUUCCAGACCAAGUUCAAGGCCCACUUCCCCCCCAGGGGUCCCCCCAGGAGUUCCAGCAGUGACCCCGACUUCGUGGUCGUGGACGGAGUGCCUGUCAUGCUCCCGACCUAUGACGAGGCUGUGAACGGUAGCUCGAGUGCCUUAGGCCCCGGGUACGUGGCCUCCGUGGGCCAGGGCUGUCCUUUACCUGUGGAUGACCAGAGCCCUCCAGCGUACCCGGGCUCCGGGGACACCGACACAGGCCCUGGGGAGUCAGAAACCUGUGACAGUACCUCGGGUUCCUCCGAGAUGCUCCAGAGUCUAUAUUCACCCCCCAUGUGCCAAGGGGGCAGCCGCCCUGCCCCAGACACCCCUGACACGAUUUCAAGCACAGCUGGGGAGGUGGCAUCCACAAGCCCGGGCAUCGACAUUGCAGAUGAGAUCCCGCUCAUGGAAGAGGAUCCCUAGUCUGGUGACUUCCUGCUAAUCCCACUGUCCCCUUUGGGGAGAAGAGCCUUGAACCUUGAAGAGAGACCACGGGAGGACAAAGCUUGGGAACCAGGGGGCAUUUUUAAUCUAUCUACAUAAGGACAGUGAUUCAUACCAUACAUCUCCAGAAGGACUGUGGGUCUGGCCGACAGCCAUGGCGGUGCUUUCAAAUGAGACUCAAGGGUUUAUCAUGACCUGCAGGGAACUGAGGGCAGGGGGGACUCUCUCUGCCUCACCCCUGUGUUAGAGCUGUGUGUCUCUUACUACAGAGCGUGAGACUAUGCCACGCACAUCCUGUUGCUUCUGCUAACAGCACUUCCUGCUCCUCUGAAAGCAUGUCACAUUGUAUAAAUUUGCUUCUAGAAUCUGCUUUGAACUGUCUAGGGACUUUAGAUCUGGACAGGUCAGCCUCUGUAAAAAAAAAAAAAACCCACAUUGACCUGCAAACCCAAGAGCAGAUCCUCUCCUUGCCCUUCUUAGUAAGGGACGGGCUCUCAAGGAAAGACUCUCAUGUGACACUCAGACCAUCUCUUACACCUGGACAGCCGGUCAAAGCAGGAUGUGGCUGUUUGAACGAGAAAGGAAAGGAUAAACAAGCCAACUCUGCUUUCUGGAAAUUUCUUCAUGCCAAGCCCCCAUGCUCUGUGCUGCCCCCUGGUGACGUGUUUGUAUUCGUGGUCUGGCAGUGGACCUGUGGUGUGGAAUAGACCUGUGGCUUUACACCUGGUGAGAACACGUUCAGAUGCAUCUUGUGGUGGACCCCGUAACCUGGUCAUGUUUGGUUUUGGCAUUUGGCAGACUCUACUCACAUUUAUCUGCUCAUGCCUUCCUAUGUGGGUCAUUGCUGUCACGUUACCCCGACCCUAAAACCCAACCAUUCUUUUAUUUUCCAAAAUGGAAAGUUUCUGUAAACACGGUCUGCAUUUGGAGGGAGAAGGAAGCGUGAUCUUUUGUGACCACUCCCAGCCCCUCAGCUCUCUUUUUUGUCCUGCUCAGUCCAAAGGCUGGCCUCCCAGCCCCAAGCCACCCUGCCCUCUUGUUUUCAGGGGGCCUUUGGCCCUGCCUGCCUGCCAUCCCAUAUUUCCAUGAGGGUCUCAUGGCACCCACUGGGUGUUGUGCCUAAGCAAUUGAUUGAUUUUUUUUUUAAAGACCCUCAAGUCCAAAAGUGUCUCUUCAAAUCCAUGUUGGUCCAUGGUGUUGUUCCCAUCCCUCCUCUGGAUUGUAGACAAAUAUAAACAAAACUCUCAUUCAUAAAAAUCACUGUGCUGCUAGAGCAGCGAGGGCCGGGGGCUUGAUCGAAUCCUGUUUUCUCUCAACACAGACUGAUUAAAAACUAAAAAGAAAAA